AUGACCCGGCUCAUAUACUUGCUCGGUCUACUGGCGCCAUGGGUAGCUGCCAGCUUGUCAGCGGACGAGUUCCACGAGGCUCUCACCCUCCAUCCCUUGCCGGACGGGAAGCUGUCGGUGCUGUUUGAGUUCACGACCUACUUCUCCGGCUCGACAGGGCACGGCCGGACGCCCGAAUCACAUCACUCGCUGACCUCCCCAUCCCUCUUGCUGCCAUUACAGCAGAAUAAUGUGUCCGAGCUCUCAAUCUCGUUCGUUUCGGGACAAUGGGACCAGCACCGCUCAGGCCAGGCUGGGCCACUGUCGUAUGGCUCCGGAGGUGGAGGUGGGGAGACACGAGGCUGGCUACGGAAUAGCAAGGGAGCUAGUCCGGGCAAGGUGAAUGAGAAUUGGGUGGCGGUGACGAACGCGCUGGGAGGGCUGUUUUGCGCCACGCUGGCGCCUGCGAAGGAGGGCGAGGUCGUCAAGACUUUCGGGGACAUCUAUCCGCCAAGUCGGGAAACAAAACAGAACCUCACCCACUUCCACGUCCCGCAUCCCGAGCAACUCCUUUGCGCCGAGAAUCUCACCCCCUUCCUCGCCCUUCUACCAUCUAAAGGCGUCUCAGGCCUCUCUCACCUCCUCGCUCAACCAGGCGUCGUCCUUUCCUGGGGCUUCAAAGCCGAGGGCAUCGAGGUCAUCAUGCCUGACCCCAGUACUGCCACCGGCGGACUGUGGAAAGGAUGGUGGGAGGGCGUGGUGGACCUCGUGCCGGUCACUGGCGGAUCUCGAGCUUCUAGCAUCGAGAAGUUGUUCCGAAGAAGUAUACCGAGGGUCUUCCCAGAGGCAUCGAGCAGCGUGAUCAGGUUGAUUACGCCCGAGCAGGACAACUUCAGGAUGGAGCCGCAAGCUGGUAGCAGGGAGGAGCAGUGGUUGGACGGAAGGAAGCGCGAGGUGAUGGUGUGGGAUCUCAUGGAUGGGGGACUGGUAGGCCAGGAUCUGAGGUUCUGGUGGGAAAAUGAAGGGGACUUCGGGCAUCCUCUCAAGCUAGAAUCGUCUCCAAUCAGCAUCUCUCGGCGGAUGGCAGCCCCAUAUGCCUCGGACGGGACUUUCGUCAUUCGCAUCACCAACAAUGGCGACGAUCAGAGGGAUGCGGUCUACUCGGAAGUCUGGCCGUGGUGGGUCAAGGGGUGGAUGAGCGAGGUCAGCGCUGCAGUGGAGUCUGGCGAGACAGAAGGAUCUUCAUCUGAACUGCUCAGACACCUCGCAUACCACCCCUCUUAUCCUCCUCACCCCUCGACCACCUCGCUGCAUUUCUCGCUCACCCUCCCGGCCCACGCCACACUGAUUCUCACCAUCCCCUACUCCAAGCUCACCAUCAAAUACACCGAGCAUCGACCAGACGCCGAACGCGGCGUCGAGCUCCCUUCCGGCGUAUUGACGCUUCUCGACCUGGAAGGGGAAAGCGACUUCCCCAAUUCGACUGUCAUCCAGAGUCGCCGCAGCGGCCGGACCCACAUCUACACGACCCGACUCCUGCUCGAUCUCCCUACGCCGGACUUCUCGAUGCCUUACAACGUCAUCAUCAUGAGCUGUACCGUCAUGGCGGUGUUUUUCGGGAUGAUGCAGGGGGCGCUGAGUAGACAGUGGGGGUAUGUGGAUACAGCGAUGGAGAGGUUAAGGGGGAGAGGAAAGGUCACAGAAGGGGCGAGGCGUGGGGCAGAGAUGGGUCCAGAGGGGGAGGGGGACACGGAGAAAAUUUCUUAG